GCGCUUGACGGUUCCUGAAGCAUGAACUCCUGCAAGGGACUGAUUUUGAUUUCCCAGCCGCUCUGCUUUCUGUGUUACUUCCUGUCCCAUUCUUUAGUACUUAUCUUUUACUUCAAUUCCCUGGAGGAGCUGGCUUGACAGGGUAGCGGUCCUGCCGUUAUUGUCCCUCCAACUUUAGCAUCCAAGAAAGUGCCCUUCUUUUCGCAUUGAGAUCCUGAUUUAGGUUUAAGCUGCCUUAAAGGAGAAAUAGAAAUUGUGACUCCAAAGAACAAAAUAAGACAGAAGAGAGAAAACAGCACUCAAACCACCCCCCCCCCCGAAAGGGGUAGCAGGUUUUUUUGACACACAUGGGCAGACAAGAUUAUGAACAGUGAAGACAAUGAAGAGUGGGACAUCCGUCAAAGAGUAACAACCUCUUAUAAGGUGACUAGUGUGACCUCAUGACGCUUCUGUAAAAGUCAGAUUCAGCUAGGAUGUUACACCAUCACUGUCGGAGAAACCCUGAACUACAGGAAGAGUUGCAGAUUCAGGCUGCAGUUGCUGCUGGCGAUGUUCACACCGUGCGCAAGAUGCUGGAGCAAGGAUAUUCUCCAAAUGGUAGAGAUGCCAAUGGGUGGACCUUGCUUCAUUUCUCUGCAGCAAGAGGGAAAGAGAGAUGUGUCCGUGUUUUUCUUGAACAUGGAGCUGAUCCCACGGUUAAGGACUUAAUUGGAGGCUUCACUGCUCUGCAUUAUGCAGCCAUGCAUGGCCGAGCGAGGAUUGCACGCUUGAUGUUGGAAUCUGAAUAUAGAAGUGACAUUAUUAAUGCAAAAAGCAACGAUGGUUGGACUCCCCUCCAUGUAGCAGCCCACUAUGGCAGAGACUCAUUUGUCAGACUCCUGUUGGAGUUCAAGGCUGAGGUUGAUCCGCUCAGUGAUAAAGGUACUACACCGCUUCAGCUGGCCAUUAUCCGAGAGAGGUCAAGCUGUGUGAAAAUCCUUCUGGAUCACAAUGCCAACAUCGACAUUCAAAAUGGUUUCCUGUUACGAUACGCUGUGAUCAAAAGCAAUCACUCUUACUGCCGAAUGUUCCUUCAGAGAGGGGCGGAUACAAACUUGGGUCGCUUGGAAGAUGGACAGACACCCUUACACUUGUCUGCUCUUAGAGAUGAUGUGCUUUGUGCACAAAUGUUGUAUAAUUACGGAGCAGACACUAACACAAGGAACUAUGAAGGACAGACCCCACUGGCUGUUUCAAUAAGUAUUUCUGGAAGUAGCCGACCCUGUCUGGAUUUCUUACAAGAAGUGACAACUGAUAGAAGGUUUGUUGCUGAACUAGGAAGAGGAUGGAAGACGGGACGGGCUCCGGAGCCAGCUCUGGGCCUGGCUCGGGUGAGAAAAACCCUCCCAUCUCCAAACAGGACAGCCCAGAAACUUGCAAGAUCUAUGCCGAAUUAAAAUCCGUCAGUGUAUAGGCCUUCAAAACCUAAAACUACUUGAUGAACUACCCAUUGCCAAGGUCAUGAAAGACUACUUAAAACACAAAUUUGAUGAUAUCUGAUAUCCAUGAAGAGAAGAACUCUGAGCAAGAUUAGUUAUAUUCCAGAUACUGAAGAGGCUUGUUGCCUUGCACAAAGUAUAUCCUAUGCAAAUUCUGAUUUUUCUGUGAAGUCAGAAGGCAGGUAUACACUUCCUUGGGUUUUUUAUACCACACGCUAGAAGGUCUUAAUUUUUGGUUUCUUGGUCCAAGUUUACAAGGUCCAAGCUUUCUAUACAAUAUUACAUUUUAAAAAUUGCUGUUGGUUUUUCGUUUGUUUGUUUUCACAUUAAGUGUGCAGACUUGCAGUGGAGAUGGAAGGUAGCCUCUCAAGGGAAGCGGUUGGUUUGAAUUGGCAUGCUGAGCAAUUAUUCAAGAAAAUAAAGUUUGGAAAUCAAGGCACCAGUCCUGCAAAAGAAUACUGAUCAAAUAUACCUUCAGAGCCCUGUUUUCUGUUGGAACUCUUGUCUCUGCCAGGGUGUAUGUUUUUGCAGGAUAGAAGGAAGUGUUGAUAAUCAACAUGUCCAAGGGUACUGUACAAAUAUAAUUUGGAAAUUAAAGAAAAAAUGCAGUUACCCUAUUCAAUUUGAGAGUCUAUACAUUGGCUUUUUUUAUAUUAUUCUUUUCUUAAUUACUCUAGUUGGUAUGCCCAUGAAAUUCAGGCCCUCUUCUUUCCUGACAUUCCCUGUUAAAUGGGCGGCUAUUUGUAAGUCUAUUUUUAACAGUGACAGUACACUACAAAGAGGCAUAGCCUCUGUAUUUUUUACAUUAACUUAAGAGGAAACAAAUCUAGAUUUUUUUUUUGAAGCCAAUGUAUUCUGUUUCUCAUACAGUGCCUCCUGUGCAAUAAUCUUUCUGAUGUAUUUUCCCUUUAUGUGUGAUUUCCCUCCACACACUAUUCUUCAUUUAGUCUUGGUGCAUUAUUUGUGAGAAUAGGAACUGCUGCCUCACUGUAGUGUUGACAUGACAUUACAGAAGUGAUACGGCAGUUGCUGUUCGUUAUUACUCCCUGAAUUUCAUGAAUGUAUAACCUGCUUUAUUUCACUUUCAGUUGAAAUUUUAUCUACGGGUUCUCAGCCAAAUUGUGUCCACUUAAAAAAGAAGAGAAAUUGGCCAAACCCUUUUGUUUUAAAAGCAGUGAUGGAUUUUUUUUUUUUUUUUGAUUGCUCUGAAAUUCAGUUUGUUUCAGGUUAGAGUGAGAAGCGCACAUAAGUUAUUAAGCUGCAUUUUAUAUGUGCACUGACAAGAAAAGCCCCAUUCAUAUUGAAAGUUUAAAUUUUUUCAAUUAAUCUGAAAGCAGCAACUGAAGGGAGCAGUGAAAUUCAGCUACUGAAUGUGUUUUUCAUACUAGAUAUUAAAAAGGUCUGUUAAAGAGUUUUGUUUCUGAUCAUAAAAAAAAGAAGCUCUUGCUAUCAAAAAAAGAUUGGGCCAAAAUAUGCAGUUGUUUCACUCUCUCUAUUUUCAAGGGACUAUGGAGUCGUCGUAAGGUUCUUGCCAGUGUCCUCUACUUUUGUUUUGUCAUCCUACUGGCUCUGAAAGAGCCUCUCUAAUAUCAGGAGUGCUUUUGUACCAAUUAUACCAAUGGAAGUGGGGAGAUGAAAGGAACAGUGGUGGCUUUUAAGUUUAACACUGUCACUUUCAAAAUAUUUACUAUUAAAAGUAUGAAAAGCAAGGUGAAGCAGCUAUACUCAUAUUAUUUAACUGUGCUAGUUCCUUUGAAUAUCUUAUAACCCUGGGCUGCAGUUCCUUGAGCACGAUCCUUAUCACUGCUAAUGGAUGCACCGCAGCUACGGCAAACAAGGAGGAUUAUCUCUCCCUAUUGUGCCUGGCGUUGUAUCAGGUUUCCAAACAAUAAGCGAUUUUGGAGAUUUAUGGCUCAGAGGAUUGGUAAUGGGAUGUUGAGCCUUUUUAUCUCCAACUUGUAUCGGUUCAAGUCCAGCCUGCUCGAGCAGUGACCCAAAGUUCACGUCUCAGCAGCGUGAGCGAGCAAGUACAUCCAACCUUAAUACCACGCAGUGCGUGCGGUGGUCACCUCUAGGCAGUAGAGCUUUAUAGUGCUUCCUCCAGGUUGUAUGUAAUGGUGGUGGCAUUGUAGCAGGGACAACCUGAGAGCGUGAGUGGGGUGUGCGUGUGAGCUUGCGUGCGUGGUAGUGUCUGCUGGCUCCUGUUGAAGCAAGAAAGAUCAGCCGUUGUGAUCUUUGAGCUCUCCAGUACGCAGACAGGGCAGAUGUUAAGAAUUGACUGGCAGGUUUUAAGCAUGAAUCUUCAGUUUUGUGACAUGAGAGCAGAACCUUAAAAUUGCUUUCUUUUUUUAAAAAAAAAAAAUACUUAGUAUUGUUCACUACAUUUGUAAGUUGGUCUAAACCAGUGUCCUUCCCCACCGAAUUUUUACAGUAAUAUUUUCUAAGGUAAUCUAGAGUAUAUUUUAGUUGCAGUCUAUAUUAAGGCAAAUUAUUUGUUCUGUCUGUUGCUGUGACUGAAGAAAAUUAUGGAAGACUUUGUUGGUAACAAGAAUGCUAUUUAAUGAAGAAAUGUGUAAUCCCA